AUGAGGGAGCUGAACCACAGGUCAGUGUUGUCGAAUAGGGCUAGCUUCAUAAUAUCGCAGACUGUUUAUGACAGAAGAGCAUUAGAUAAUGUAGCGGACCUACCAUUGAUUAACUCGUUGAACCACUUGACGUUUCUGACGUCUAGCUCGGCUAAGGUAAGGGAGACUAUGUCAGAGGAUGGGGCUUUGGAGCGGUUAGUGUCGAUUUUGCAUGAUUGUUAUUUAACUUUACAUGAUUUGUGUUUUGGACUGCAUGUUGGGUUUCGUAUGGGGACGGUGGAUUCAAUUACGAGGCAGCGGAAGAUGGCGAUGGUUGCGUGGAAGUGGACGCUAGCGUUUCAGUGUUUGGUUCUUACGGGCACUAGGGGUACGCAAGAGAUUAGGAAGCAGGUUGCUCAUAGUGGGGUUAUUCCUAUAAUAACAACGGUCUUGGACAACUACAUGAUAUAUCACAAGAACUUUGAUUUCUUCAAGGAUGAGCCUAUUGACUUUGACUUCAAGUCUAUUGCAAAUGGGGAUAUUUUCCAGCUACAACCUGAGGAGAUGGAAAGCUUCUUUAAUAAAAUGGACAAGUCACAUCCAAACCUGCGCCUUUGUAUAAAUAUGGAGCGGUUCAAGGUUUUAGUUGGUGAUGAUAUUCCUAGUCUAGUUGAUGAUCCUGCACAUAUGAUUAUGCACAACUGUGUACCUCCCAUUACGAGAUUGGAUACGGACUUUCAAUCGCUAUGGGAGGGCACUUUGGGGAUUACAGGUGAAGAGCACCCGUUAUCUGAUGUUGUCUUAUCCAUCCCCAGAGAGUUUUUCUUGGGGCGAGUCAUUCCGAAACUUGAUGACAUCACUUGGUCAGUUCAGCUAUUGGCCUUUUUGACAAAGUGUACAGCAACUAAGCCGUACUUACAAAAAGUCUCAUUGGUAGAUUCCAUCUCAUUCCGGCCUAUAUUAGAGCGUGCGAAAGAACGGUUCACGCUGUUAAGCAAUUCUCUUCCUCCUUUGGAUUUCACGAAUUUGUCUCUGAUUGAUGAGGAUGAGCAUAUCAAGGUCAAACAAAAACUGCCUAUCAUUAUAGAUCCACUCCUCAUGGAGAUAAAUGCUGUAUGUGAGGAAGAUAAUAAAAAAUUUCAAACCAAGAGGUCUCCAAACUUCUCUAUGUUGGGCCUGGCAGAUUUUACCAAACUUAAAAAGGCUAACACAACGGAUGUAUGGCGUGCUUUUCGAAUGUACGAUGAAGCUCAGAUGAAAAAAAGAUUCAAUUAUAAAUGGGAUUAUGAUAAAAUAUCUAAGGAAUUGGAUGAAGAAACUUGGAAUAAGAUUAUUAAUAGGGAAACUUUGAAUUUAUUUGCAUUAGUGGAAAGGUAUACGGUAAAGGUUGAGAAUGAUGCCAACAUAACUUAUUGGAGUUCGGUAGUCAUGAGAAACUCUUGUCGUAAGCAAGAAGCUACAGGUGUGAGACAAUGCGCCAACUUUUUCUGUGGGAAGUGGGAAGAUCACCCUAAACAGUUCCCCAAGUGUCGUCGUUGUAAGCGAACUAAAUACUGUAGUUGUGAGUGCCAACUACAGUCAUGGGCUUAUCAUCGUUACUGGUGUCACGACGUUGGGUCAGUAUUUACAGGCACAUCAUCUACUGCAAACACCACAGGUACACAUACGCCAAAUGCUGCCGGUCAGUCAGCUGGUACCACGACCACAACAACUACUGCAGCUACAGAAGUGGAUCAAUCUAUAUUGAUGACUGCGCGGGGUAACGUAGUAGAUCCCCAAGGGAUCGCCAAUCAAUCGGCAGGAGAGUUUGUGGACACAUCAGAGAAUCCUCCAAUAGGAGGUUCAUAA